UAGAGACUCAUAGUUAAAUGACCAAAAAAAAAAAAGGAAAAAGAAAACAGUGUCCAGAAGGUGGUGCAUACUGUUUUCUUCUUCUUGCUUUCAUCAACAACUUUUUGCAGUUUUGAGUGUGUUUGUUGUGUGUGUGAGAGAGAGAGGAAUCCAAUUCUUUUGUACAAAGACACCACCUUUUUGGGUCUUUUAGUACUGUAAAAUAAAGAGGGUUGCACCAAAAAAAUAUCAUAAGUGCAUUUUGACAAGCUAAAAAAAGAGGAAGAAAAAAAAGGGUAUUCUUGAAGCCAUUGUUUUUGUUUUAUUUGAGAAAGAGAAUCUAAACUUAAGAUAUUCAUAGUGGGAAUCUUUUCGUUCUCUAAUUUUUUUUUUUAAAAAAAGAAAGACCAUUCUUUGGUUUUCUUGAAAUUAAAGGUAAGGUCUUUUUCACUUUGUACCAUUAAACCCCUCAGCUAAAUUAGCAGCUAAUAAUUUUUUUAUGAGUGUUAUAUGGUGUUCUUUUACCUCUCAAGUCUUUGUUGCAUGACCAUCCAUUUUCUUGUUUUUGGUGGGGUGUAAAUGUUUCUAUUUCUCUUGGCAAGUGUAGUACUCUUUGUUCAACCAAUUUUUUUUUUUUGUUGCUUGAAGGAAUAAUUUUUUGCAUUUCAGUUUUUUUUGCUAGGAUUUUAACAUGUGGGGUAUUUGGUCUGUUUCUUGGUUGCCCUUUUGAGGUACAUCCUUCUUGGAGCUUUAGUUUUUUACAGUGUGAUUUUUGCAUUUGCCAUCAGAUUUAACCUCCAGGGUGGUGGCUAGACUUCUGCAGAUUGUUACUAUAUCUGUUUGUGUUCAGAUUUUUUAGGUUGUUUAUCAAAGUUCAGAAGUUUGGUUCAUGUUUUUGAUUUUCAUUUUGUCUUGUUGUGCUUUAGUUUAAGCUGCUUUUAAUUUUCUUUAUAGCUGUAAUUAUUUGUGGGGUGUUCCCCUUCUGGUUUCAUCUUUAUUGCUAUGAUUAUUCAGUCUUUUUAUGGACCAUAUAGUGGGCCCAUUGCUAUAUUUCCAUGAUUUGAUUCUGUUUCUUGCUUAUUUUCUGUUUUCAAUCUUUUCUUUCCAUGCAUUUUCUAGUAAAACUUGAGUUAAUAAGUUGAACAUAGGAGAUUUUUUAAUUUUUUUUUUUUUUUGAUUGUAGGAAAAAGAGAAAAAGAGAUACUCCAUUAGCAAAGAAAAAUGGUUUCAAGGUCAUAUUCCAACUUACUAGAUCUUACUUGUGGUGAUUCGCCAACGUUUGGGCGAGGGGGUAGGAAGCUUUCGAGGGUAGCAACUGUAGCUGGGGUUUUAUCUGAGCUUGAUGAUGAAAGUAGAAGUAAUGCUUCUGAUGCUCCAUCAUCAGUUACUCAAGAGAGGAUGAUAAUUGUGGGGAAUCAACUUCCUCUUAGAGCUCAUAGGAGAAAAGAUGGUGAGGAAGGUUGGAACUUUAGUUGGGACGAGGAUUCGCUUCUUUUACAGCUUAAAGAUGGUCUUGGUGAAGAUGUAGAAGUGAUUUAUGUUGGUAGCCUUAAAGAAGAAAUUGACCUGAGUCAACAAGAUGAUGUUGCCCAAACAUUGCUCGAAACGUUCAAAUGUGUACCAGCUUUCAUACCACCUGAGUUAUUCAGUAAAUUCUAUCAUGGUUUCUGCAAACAGCAUUUAUGGCCUUUGUUUCACUACAUGCUUCCGCUGUCUCCAGAUCUUGGUGGUCGAUUUGAUCGUUCGUUGUGGCAAGCUUAUGUCUCAGUGAACAAAAUCUUCGCAGACAAAGUAAUGGAAGUCAUUAGUCCUGAUGAUGAUUUUAUUUGGGUUCAUGAUUAUCAUUUAAUGGUGUUACCAACAUUCUUGAGGAAGAGGUUUAACAGAGUGAAGCUCGGAUUCUUCCUCCAUAGCCCGUUUCCAUCGUCUGAGAUAUACCGGACUUUGCCUGUAAGGGAUGAAAUUCUACGAGCACUCUUGAACUCUGACUUGAUAGGCUUUCAUACCUUUGAUUAUGCAAGACAUUUCCUUUCAUGUUGUAGCAGAAUGCUUGGGAUUUCAUAUCAAUCCAAACGUAGUUAUAUAGGAUUAGAGUACUAUGGCCGCACUGUUAGCAUUAAGAUUCUGCCAGUUGGAAUACAUAUGGGUCAACUUCAAUCAGUGCUGGACCUUCAAGAGACAGUAACCAGGGUUGCAGAGCUGCGAGAUAAAUUCCAUGGUCGGACAAUUUUACUUGGAGUUGAUGACAUGGAUAUAUUCAAAGGAAUAAGCUUGAAACUUUUAGCCUUUGAGCUCUUGCUCACUCAGCAUCCUGAACAGCGGGGUAAAUUGGUCUUGGUUCAAAUUGCAAAUCCUGCCAGAGGCCGAGGAAAAGAUGUGCAGGAAGUCCGGGCUGAAACUUAUGCAACUGUAGAUAGAAUUAAUCAGAAAUUUGGAAGUACUGGAUAUGAACCAGUUAUCUUGGUUGAUAAGCCUCUUCAGUUUUACGAGCGCAUUGCUUACUAUGCUAUUGCAGAGUGCUGUCUUGUUACUGCAGUAAGGGAUGGAAUGAAUCUAAUACCUUAUGAAUAUGUUAUAUGCCGGCAAGGAACAGAUAGGCUGGAUGCUACCUUAGGACUGAACCCCACAGCACCGAAGAAGAGCAUGUUAGUGGUUUCUGAGUUUAUUGGUUGCUCUCCAUCUCUCAGUGGUGCAAUAAGGGUCAACCCCUGGAAUAUUGAUGCUGUUGCUGAAGCUAUGGAUUCUGCUUUAGUUGUCUCCGAGGCAGAGAAGCAAAUGCGUCAUGAGAAGCACUAUAGAUAUGUGUGCACUCAUGAUGUGGCAUAUUGGGCUCAGAGCUUUUUGCAAGAUCUUGAAAGAGCAUGUAGGGAUCAUUUGAGAAGGAGGUGUUGGGGUAUUGGAUUUGGCUUAGGAUUCCGUGUGGUUGCUUUGGAUCCGAGCUUCCGGAAACUGUCAGUUGAGCAUAUUGUAUCUGCUUACAAAAGGACCAACAAUCGUGCAAUUCUUUUGGAUUAUGAUGGUACAAUGACAGUGAGAAACUCUAUCAGCCAGGGUCCAAAUGCAGAGGUUAUUAGUAUCUUAAAGAACUUGUGCAGGGAUCCAAAGAAUAUUGUGUACAUCGUUAGUGGAAAAGAAACAAAAACCUUAACUCAGUGGUUUUCUUCGUGUGAAACACUAGGACUUGCAGCAGAGCAUGGCUAUUUUGUGAGGCCAAACCGUGAUGCCAAGUGGGAAACAUGUGUUGCAGUGGGAGAUUUUUAUUGGAAGCAGAUCGCUGAGCCUGUAAUGAGCCUCUACACAGAAACCACUGAUGGUUCUUUCAUAGAUAGCAAGGAAAGCACGCUUGUUUGGAAUUACCAAUACGCAGAUCCAGAUUUUGGCUCAUGUCAGGCAAAAGAGCUUCUAGAUCACUUGGAAAGCGUUCUUGCAAAUGAACCGGUUACAGUUAAGAGUGGCCAUGACAUUGUAGAAGUGAAGCCUCAGGGUGUCAACAAAGGUCUUGUAGCAGUACGUCUCCUAGAAACAAUGCAGCAGAAAGGAACGCCACCAGAUUUUGUGCUCUGCAUAGGGGAUGAUCGAUCAGAUGAGGAUAUGUUCGAGGUGAUAAUGAGUGCUGUCGCAAGUGCCUCACUUUCCCCCGUGGCUGAAGUGUUUGCUUGCACAGUUGGCCAGAAACCAAGCAAGGCUAAGUAUUAUUUGGAGGACACUACGGAGAUUCUAAGAAUGUUGCAGGGCCUUGCUUCUGCGUCUGAGCAUUCUGCUAAACAUGUUUCGGUAUCUCCUCAGCGCGUAAUCAUCGACAGAGAAUAGGAAGAUCAAAAACACACAACAUUGAUUUUCCUUUCCUUGGGGUAUUCUGUCUCCUAGAAAUAGGAUUUUUCUUUUGUUUGCUGAUUGGUUUAAGGUAUGUUUGGUGUCAACUUCUACUGGAAAUUUAAUCAUAGAUAGAAGAUGUAAAAAUAGCUAAUUCAUUUACUGCAGCUUCGUGGACCAUCUUUUAUUUUUAUUUUAUUGGUCAUGUUGAAGUGAA